CGUGCUGAGGUGAGGAGCUCACCUGGCAUGAGUGAAGCUAACCUGACGUUGAGUGAAAUUCCCCUUGACAUGAGAGACUCCCCUGACAUGAGCAAGGACACUCCAUACUCAGCAUGACGCUUUUAUUGAGAGUGAUGUGUGUGGUUGUUUGUGUGUGGCGGCCACUUCAAAGUAAGGGUAACGCUGGGCCGGGAACUCCGCUGCACCAAGUGGCUGGAUCACCUUCACUACUACUGUUGCUGCCACUAUCUACACCCAAUCAUGGCUACCUUCCUCGCAAAGUCAGUUUGGUAAAUGUAAGUGACCCUUCGGAAGGCUCCGAUGACGUGACUGCUGCUGAAGGAGAGCGUACGACAGUACUUGCUGGUGAAGCUGUAGAUGAUGGAGCAGAGACUUAUGAGGUUAACAGUGAAACUAUACCAUAUAAUUAUAGAAAUGCUUACACCGAUGAUAUAAGCAGUGAGAGUGACAGUAAGAUCCAGCAAAUCACUUACUCAAAUAGAGAUGACGGAAAGAGAAACAAAAUUAGCCAGAGUAAGGAAAGUCCAGGCAACACCCAUGGUGUCCUCGUCGACCACAGCGUUGGAAGCAACACACGGGACGUUUUGUCCAUGGUUCAGAGCUUGAUUGAAGAUCUCACACGCAAACAGAGAGGUGACCAUCCUGACUACAUUGUGUUAAACUCUCCCGACCCGACCGUUACCCAGCAGCUGGCGGCAUCCCUCACCCGCCACUAUGGCUCACAUUCCGUCAUUCAGGACACCGGAACCAUUCAGAGCAUCAUCGGCAGCCAUCCACACAUCUGGAACACUCUGAACAGUUCCUCCGAAACGAUGAACCACCUACCUGUGUUCCCGAACGAAUUCACGUGGAAUGAAGCGUUCAAAGGUGAGCUGAAGGAUCCAGAAGUAGAUUAUAUGAGGCAAAAAUUGGCUGCCGUGGCUCACGUUUCUGUUUCCAGCGGCAAGCUGAUCAACGAUACACUGCAAAAUUCUCAUAUGAGCAUCAUAGCUACUAACUCUGAUGCCAACAUCAUACCCGCUACAUCUGCCUCUGUAACUGACAGUCUUUCUAAGAAUACAAGUAAACAAAAUAUAAUGAAAACAAAUGAGAGACUAUACUCGAGUUUAUCACAAGAAAUUCAGAACCAGUUCAUCUCCGAUGGCUCUAUGUUGACUCCAGAACAAACUACUUCUCUGGAAAUUAUAUAUAGUAACGGACAUUUAGGAUCUCAUGAAAUCCAUAGACAAUUGGAUGAAAAUGUGUACAAACCCUGGCAUUUAGUAGAAACAAGUCCUGAAGUACCUGCAGCUCAACUAGACAUGAAUGAUAGCUACAAGCCAUCUGGUAUUUACAUUAAUAAUAUAUUUUAUCCUGAAGCAACUUUCCAGAGAAGGCACAAAAUAAAUGUAGAUACUACCGUGAUUCCCAUCGAUGAUGCAGUGUUUCACUCACUUGGGACAGAGACAUCCUAUAGCAGCACUAAACCUAGUCUUGUCACUUGGAUUAAUCAUACCAAGUCUUCCAGUUCUACGGAAGCAUUUACCACCGUAAUUACCAAUAAUUCCCCUAGCAGUGUGUUUCCCAUAAGUGAAUUUCCAAAGGCUGAUAAAAUCCUCAAUGAUAAUUCUGCCUUUCGUUCUGAAGAAGCCGUCCGGUAUGCCAUCAACAAAGCGUCUACAUUCGAGAACGAAGUGAGUGCUUCUGGGUAUGAGGAUUAUUACGAGGAAAUAGACGGAGAACUGAUCCUGAGCCCCACUAAGUUUAUGAGAAAAGGAGAGUCGAUGGCUUCUUUGGAGUACGGCAUUUACGAAGAUUACUAUCUUAUGAAUGAUAAUGAAAACUUUAAAAAAUACGAUGAACUUAACACAGUGUUUUCCGAAAAUAAAUAUAAUGUCACAGAUGCCAAAUUCCAAGGGGAUCACGGUGUAGAUGAUACUGACACUAAUUCUGGAAUUCAUCCAUUGCACCCUAACUCUGGUAAUGAACUUGCCUGGCCUUACGCGCUCCCUCCCAGCUUUCUUAUGGAAAGUCAAAUGAGUAUACCACUCCAGACUGGAGUUGGCGAAAUGAUUCCGAAAGACUCUCAAAUUCUAGAGGAGCUGUGGAAGAUGAACCAUGAACACUCGUCCAGAAUGACGUUGCUAGAGAAACAAGACAGGAUUCCAGCUGUGUACAACAAUGGCGAGAACCCCGUCACCCGCGUCCCUAGUCUUGAGGGUCCUCCUUCAGACAUGCUAAUGGAUAACGAACAGUUGAAGGCACCGGACCUGAAGACGCUAGUUGGAGGAUUUAAUAGUCUGGAAAGCCCAAUUGCUCCUCAUAUGGGCGAGUACUACACGGAUAAGGGUUCAAAGCUGCCAAACCUUACAACUCGGAAUGUCUCCAUAAAAAAUAGUGAAAACUUGACUUUACAAGACGGCAUCCUAAAGAGUAGUGCCGGCAAUGAGUUAGAAGCCCCAGUUCGUCUCCAUUUUAGUGGCGGUAACUAUCGAAAGAAGGAUUUGAAUGUUCGCAGUCGUUCAACACAGCAGAUACUACUUCCUACUGAGGCACCACAUCCUAAUUCAGAGCACCAAGAAAAUAAUCUCUUAUUAAACCGGACACAACUGACUCAGGAUCAAGAAGAAAUCACAUCACGUCUUCCAGUAGAGAUUAAACCAGAUGUGUCAUUAGUGAUGGCGGUGCAGGCUCCUUGUACGUCCACCACCACCGUUCGUCCCUACCAUUACCAGCACCUUAAUCCAAUGCCUUUACCGUUUCCACCUAGCUUAUUCCACCUGUUUCCCGGCCACCCGCACCUGUCUCCAGUAUCACACGUGGAGCCAGACGGCAUCAGCAAUCAACACAAUGUUCACGCCUCCCUCCUGUCUGACCGCCCUACCAUUGCGCAUGGUCAUAGUAUACAUAGUUCACAUAAUCAUGGUUCCAAAAGCAGCUACACAUUGCAACCCACUGAUAACAAUUUCGCCUAUCAUGUAAAUACCAUAUCUGCUGAUACCUACCAUGGUCAUCAUGGAAGCAACAACAGUCAGGAAAACAGCCUUCCUGUUACUGUUAGUGACUAUGUACCAUCGAAGGGUUUUCCCAUAAUCGAGGAAACAUCUGACGGGGUUACCACUAGCAUUCCUGAGGCGGCACAUGCCUCCAGCAAUGUCGAAAAUGCACUUCAACUUGGAAUCCCCGCUCACACCACCCUGCUUUCCUCACAACCACCUUUAAACCAUUCCAUCGGAGAGUUCAACUCUUUAGCAGUGGCUGACAUUGUUGAGACAAGCAUCAGACACAUUAACAAACUUGACAGCGUUAAACAUAUAAAUUCUUCACAGGCGGAUAGAAACCAAGAUUCGCUACAACUGGAUCAGGACUCUCAUGUGAGUCAUAGCGAUCCAUUUGGCGGUGACUUUGUGAACUAUAGGCCACCACAGCAGAGCAACAUGCAAAUGGAAGCUCCAAUCUUCAAGGUGACUCCGCCGGAAGUCAACAGGACCACUUCCACUCCAACACAAGAGGAGCCCAACCCCCUCAGUGAUCCUGGUGAAACUCCAGAUGAUACACCAGUCACUAGCACUCAACAGACGAUAGAUCGCGAGGGUAUAAGCUCUCUUUUGCAAUCUUUGUUUUCGUCGUCGAUGUUGCUGCUUCUGGGUAUCUUACUAACCACCAGUGUGGCGUACAUUGCCAAGGUCAUGGAUGAGCAAGCUGCACAGCAGCGCCUUCAGCAGGCUCAGCAACGUCAUCGGCAGGCGCAGUUGGCGGCAGCGUUCGGCAAUCAGCAUUUUUUUCGUAGAAAGGCUGCGAACUAGGAUCGUGGUGGGAGCAUGAGUGCGCGUGUUACAUGAGGUGUUUUGGAGGUGGGAAUAUAAUGACUUUUUAAGUCAUGUUGGAAUGUGGUUAGAUGCUUCAUCACUGGAUGUCUAUAGAAAGGAAUGGAACAAAAUGCCAACACGAUGGAUAAAAACACAGGUACAGUAUAAUGCGGUCCUUUAUUAGCAAAGUUUCGACUACACGUUAGGCUUUACCAAAUCAGAUUUAUUUGUGAAACGUUUUCAGUAAAGAAUCGCAUUAUAUUACAAAUGUGUCUAUCCACUAGAUGUCUGUGCCCUUCUUAAAUGGCAGCUAGUGAGCAUUUGAUGGUUAAUGUGUUUUUCCUUUGGCCAGAAACAGCUGAAACUGCCGAAAAUGUAAUGCAAAGGAAAUAUUUCUUUAUCAAGUUGUGGGAGCAUCAAACAAUGAACAUUUCCACGAAUAUUUUUGAACUAGUAAUAGUAUGGAAUCAUAGUUCAAAAACGCUUAUAUGUGACUGUUAUUAGUGCUGUUACAUGCAGUGUAUAUGGGCAUUAAUAAAUAUCUU